UCUCUGUCCUCUAAAUUCUACUCAAUCUUUACUUCAAUUUUCAAUGGCUACUGUUCAAGUAAGCAACGGCGCAAUUUCCGAUUCUUCUCCGUUAAGGAAGUCGCCGUCGUUCCGGUACGCUCGGAAGAAGUCCAUAUCACGAACAGCCACGGAGAUUGACGAUAUCAUUAAUCACUUACAUGGCUCCGAUCCUGUUCGUUUUGAGCUCAACCGCCUCGAAAACCAAUUACGAGAUAAAGAUAGGGAAUUGGGAGAUGCAUAUACAGAAAUCAAGGCAUUGAAGUACCAAGAGCAUCUUAAAGAGAAGGCAGUGGAAGAGCUAAAUGAUGAGCUAAACAAAGUUGAUGAAAAGCUUAAGAAAACUGAAUCCCUUUUGGAAAGCAAGAAUUUAGAGAUUAAGAAGAUAAACGAUGAGAAAAAGCAAGCUUUAGCUGCACAAUUUGCUGCAGAAGCCACCCUUCGAAGAGUUCAUGCAGCCCAAAAAGAUGAUGAGAUACCUCCUAUCGAAGCCAUUAUCGCUCCAUUGGAGGCAGAACUCAAGUUGGUUAGGAUGGAGGUAUCAAAGUUGCAGGAUGACAACAGAGCACUUGAUCGCCUCUGUAAAUCUAAAGAAGCUGCUCUUUUGGAGGCAGAAAGAACUGUUGAAAUAGCCAUGGCAAAAGCAUCCAUGGUUGAUGAUCUUCAGAACAAAAACCAGGAACUCAUGAAACAGAUUGAGAUAUGUCAGGAGGAAAACAGGAUCUUGGAUAAAAUGAACAGACAGAAAGUUUCAGAGGUUGAAAGGCUAACUCAAACUGUCGGUGAGCUUGAGGAAGCUGUUUUGGCUGGUGGAGCUGCUGCCAAUGCUGUUCGUGAUUAUCAACGCAGGAUGCAAGAGAUAAAUGAAGAGAAGAGAGUCUUGGACCGUGAACUUGCACGUGCUAGAAUUUCAGCAAAUCGAGUAGCUGUCGUUGUGGCAAAUGACUGGAAAGAUGCAGACAACAAAGUAAUGCCUGUUAAGCAAUGGCUCGAAGAACGAAGAGUUUUCCAGGGAGAAAUGCAGCAUCUAAAGGAGAAGCUAACAAUUGCCGAACGCACAGCAAAGGCAGAAGCACAGUUAAAAGAAAAAUAUCUUUUGCGUUUCAAAGUGUUGGAGGAAAGAUUUAAAUCAUUGUCAUCUCCUCGUAAGACUGGGCUACCAGAAAGACCUGUGAGCAAUGGACGCCAGUCUCUAGGAGGACUUGAAAAGAUAUCAAGAUCAUCAUCAAGUAGAUUUUCAUCAAGAAAUUUACCCAAAAAUGGGAGCAUGAUGAGUACCUCGUCAAAAAUACAUGAUUGUAGCAAAUUAGUAGAUGAUCAUGAUGAUCAUGAUGAUGAUGGAUUUGAAGAGAAUGGGAAAGAUAAGUCGAAUCACAAACAUAAAGAUUUUGUUUCCGGAAUGUUGUAUGAUAUGUUACAAAAGGAGGUUUUGAACUUGAACAAAGCUUGUCAUCUAAAAGAUCAAAACCUUAAAGACAAAGACAACACAAUUGAGAUAUUGGCAAGGAAUGUUGAGACACUAAAUAGGGCAAUGGAGGUCGAGGGUAAAAGAACAAGGAGAGAAAUAGCUGCCAUGGAAAAGGAGCUUGCUGCAUUGCGUCUUGGUGUUGGUAAAGGGCGGGAAAGUCAAAUCGCACGUCGAACUAGUGCUCCUAGGAGUCGAGUGAUGAGUUGAGCUAUAAGAAGAGUACAUGAGGUAGAUAGAUUAUUAGAUUGAUUCAUUAUUUUGUAAAACAAGUAAUCGUUUGUGACUCAUAUUGUAUGCUUUAUAUAUAUAUGGAGUAAUAUUAUUUACCAUGUGCAAUAAA